GGAAGCAAGAAAAAAAAAUGCCAAGCUGUUUAUAUUAAAAAAAAAAAAAAGAAAAGAAAAGCAGGAAUUGCAAGUUGCAACCCUGUCCAUGAUCUGUUGGAAGUGUGUUGAGUGAAUGUGAGAGAGAAAAAAGGAUUAAUUUCAGGUUUGUAGUUUCCCAGGUGCAGUCAAAAGAGGGUAAUAGCCAAACCUCUCAGUCACUCUCACACAACCAGCCUCCAAGCUUCCUUGUAUUGCCGCAUUUAUUUCCCCUCUCUCUCCUAUUGUUCUUUGUAAGAUGGGCAUAAAUAAUGGAACAGUCACCAUUUUUAUUUUCUUUGCAAUCUCCAUUUUUGUUCAACUUCAGCUUUUUCCAGUUAAGGCACUCACUGAUCUGCUGCUGUCUGACAAAUGCGUUUUUAAAGGAAAUUGAGAAAGGUCUAGUUCUUCAAUUUGUGUGGUGGAAAAUGGAAAUAGAAUGCUUAUUAUGUUAAGCUGUACAGGAUGCCCCUUGGAUUUAGGUAGAACCAAUUUUACUCUUGUGGCUUCCAUAUGUUCAGUUCCUGAAGCCCGCGGAAAAUGCUGUCGUCACAUCAAUGCAUAUGUUGCCCUUUCCGUUUCUCAUUAUGCAAAUGAAACGAGUAACCUUGGGGUCAGUUCAGAUCUCUCUGAAGUCUGUAUCCGUUCUAUGUCACAAACCUUAGAACUUUAUGGAGUUCCUGCAAAUACAACAACAUUCUGUAGAUUUGGGACCAAAAUUCCUGUUAACUAUGAGUGUAAGGGUAGAACCAGUAUUGCACAAAUGCUGCAGUCUCCAGGCUUUGCUGAUGUAGCUGAAAGUUGUCAACUUGCGCUUUCAGGAGAUACUGGCUGCAAGAGAUGUAUAAAUGCUAGCCUGACAUAUCUACGCAAAAGAAUAGUUGCUGAAGAUAAUAUUAUGCUGAUGACUUGUCGAGAUGCUACUUUUGUCACUCUUGUCAGCCAAGCAGACAACACAUCUGCUGUUCGGUUUGCAAGCUGCUUCUUUGGAGUUCCAAGAAUUAGAUCAUCAGUUCCUGGGGCAGCACCACCUCCAUUAUCUGCCAGGGCAUCUCCAAGUCCAGUGCUUGCUGCUAGUCCGAAUCAAUCAUUGGGCAUAACCGGCACACCUCAUGAUAAUCACCAUGCCUAUCAACUUACAGCGAUAACAAGUGUGGGGAUUGGUGUCACUGUAAUUUCUUUCAUUCUGCUUCUAGUCUUGGUAUUUCUAAUCCGCAGAAAGAGUAGAGAGCAUGAUGACUCAGAAGAUGGUUCCAAGACAAGAGCUCCUUCUAUUCAAUCCGGACGUAAAACUCAGGAUGGGUCUUUUCCCAUGUUUCGGGAAUUCAGCUACAAGGAGACAAGGAAGGCAACUAACAAUUUUAGUACAAUGAUUGGACAAGGAGGUUUUGGAACAGUAUAUAAAGGUGAAUUUAGUGAUGGUUUAAUAGCUGCAGUAAAGCAAAUGAAUAAAGUAUCAGAGCAAGAAGAAGAUGAAUUUUGUCGAGAAAUUGAGCUCCUGGCUAGACUACAUCAUCGCCAUCUCGUUGCUCUUAGAGGUUUUUGCAUUCAAAAGCAAGAAAGGUUUUUGAUGUAUGAAUACAUGCAAAACGGAAGCUUGAAGGAUCAUCUUCAUUCUUUAGACAAAACACCACUUUGUUGGCAGACAAGAAUCCAGAUUGCAAUUGAUGUGGCGAACGCUCUGGAAUACCUUCAUUUCUAUUGUGAUCCUCCUCUUUGCCAUAGAGACAUAAAGUCCAGCAACAUUUUAUUAGAUGAUAAUUUUGUAGCUAAGGUUGCUGAUUUUGGUCUUGCAUAUGCUGCCAAAGACGGUUCUAUUUACUUUGAGCCAGUAAAUACCGAAGUUCGGGGAACUCCAGGUUACAUGGAUCCAGAGUAUGUUGUCACACAAGAACUUACGGACAAAAGUGAUGUUUACAGUUACGGUGUGGUGCUGCUAGAAUUAGUGACAGGAAGACAAGUAAUACAAGACAACAGAAAUCUGGUCGAGUGGGCCCAAGUUUUUCUUUCUUCCGAAUCCAAACUUUCACAGCUUGUGGACACUAAAAUCGGAGAGUUUUUUGAUUAUGAUCAGCUCCAGACUAUAGUGACAAUCAUAAAAUGGUGCACUCACCCAGAAGCCCGAGGUAGACCUUCUAUUAAGCAAGUUAUAAGGCUUCUGUACGAGAGUUCUGAACCAUUGCAUAGCAGUUUCAUUCGAGCUAUUCAAGAUGAAGAGUAUGAAGAGACCCUAAAGAUCAAGCAAAGGAAGGCACAAAAAAAUGAUUUGAUAUUUCACAGUGGGGAAGGCAGGUAUCUUGCAUCUUCGUCCAGUACGAACAGAUCAUAUUGUAGUAGAAACUUCCUACUUGAAAAUGGAUCUCCACAGUCUCCUCCAAACAAUCAGUCACUUUAAAGAAACGAGUUCAUUUUAGAGAAACUCAAGUUGAAGCUGGUGUAUGUUCAUGGGUUGGAACGAUAUGAUUGGAUAUAAGGGUGUAUGUGCAUUUUUGGCAAUGCCAACCAUGCUUAGAUUUUUCGUACAAAUUUCGCAAAGUUUUAGAAUUUUUUUGUGUUGAGGUGACAAAUUUUUGGUUGCAAGUUAUAAUUAGUUUCUUGAUAAGCUUUUUGUGGAGAUAGUAACUUCCUUGUAUUUGUACUUGUAUUGUAUUGUCAAUUUGAUUGUCCAAAUUAUGUAUACAGGAUGUGGAUGUAAUAUUAGGAAACAAUAAGAAAUUCCUUUGAUUGAUACCAAUUUUUCCUUG